AUGACUAUGAGAAAGGCACAAAGAGUUAAUUGGCGACAAUUAAACAACGAUGAGCUCAAAGAAUGGAGAAACAGGAGACAUGUGAUUUUACAAGGGGAUGUCGUGUUAGGUGAACGCAAGCUAAGUCAAGAGUAUUUAACUUGGUUUCGUGCCAUUCCUUAUGUGCACAUUGCUCCGGACCAAUUUUUAACGGACCCACGCUUGCAAGGAUCAUCAUCGACACAACAAACUACGGCAUCAAUGCAUCAGGAUGUGCCACCAACCCACACAUCCCAACAUUCAUACCAAAACCAAACACCCAACAACCCACUCCAUCAACAAAACUAUACCUACCAAUACAACCAACAAUAUCAGCCUCAACCAUACCUACGACCACCCAUACAGUUCACCCCAGUCCAACCGCCCCUCUUUGACCAUACCGACCCUCAUUUCCAAUAUCAACCCUCCAACACAACCUACUCUCAACCCGCCUCGACCAUCAACACUAUCUAUACUCAACCCACCCAGAACUUUACGCCUGAUGACGUCUACUACCCAACCUUUCAACACCCCCGAUCCGAAACCUACCCGCAACCACCACACUCAUUCCAACAAUUUUUGUUGACAGACGAGCAACUGAUGCAGAUGUCGGAUUUUAACAUUGAUGAUCUUCUUGAUGAGCAACCGGGACCCUCUUCACGGCCGACAAACCCCCCUACAACACAUCACCAUGAAGACAUGUCUUCUGACUCUUCUGAAUCAACUAGAAAUGAGCGUUUGGGUAGGGGAAAUAGACAGCGAAGGAUCCCUAGGUGUGGAACUGGGGGACAUAUUAGAUGA